UAAUCUUAGAUACAUUUGAAUCGUUUGUCUUGGCGAUAACGUCAUCGUGGGAAACGUACGCGUUCUACGAAGCAUCCUGCGGCUUCAUGACGUCUGCAGGAAAAACUUGUAUAAAUAGGUUGGCAUUGUGAGUCCUUCGCCAGUAAACACGAUGGGAUUCAGGUGCGUGGUGGUCGCUUUAGCGCUUUCGAGCGUCGCGUUCGCGUCGCCUUCAGUGCGGGAUAACACCCUGGAUGGCGGGGAGAGAGUGGUCCUAGUCGCCCCGGUGUUGGCUCCCCCAAAAGACUCGAAGACUCAUGCGACAGACCGGUCUAGACAGUUCCCAAUCCUGGUGUUGUUAGCUCCACAAAAUCCGGAAAAAGUGCGGCUAGAGCCUGAACCCAAAUCGCUGGAUAGGAACCCGAGACCUAUCUACGUCCAGAAAUUGGAAGAUCAGCACCCGCCCCUAGAGGGUCGCAGCAACCGGCAAAAGCGCCAUCUGUUUUUGAAAAAGAAAAUUUUGGGCGUCGGCGGUGGCGGUGGCGGGAUCGCCUUUGGGGGAGGAUUCGGCGUCAUUGGCGGUGGUUACGGCGGACAUGGUUACGAAGGCUAUGGACAUGGAGGAGGCCCCGCGAAGACAGUCGUUGUUGUUAAAGAAAUAGGGCACGGUGGUUACGGCGGCGGUAAUUACGGCCACGGCGGCCAGGGAGGGGGUUAUGGAGGCGGUUACGGAGGAGGUUUCGGAGGCGGCUUCGGAGGAGGCUAUGGCGGAGGCGGCGGCGGCGGAGGCGGUGGCGGAUACGGCGGUGGAUAUGGCGGAGGCGGCGGCGGUGGAGGUGGAGGUGGUUAUGGUGGCAACUCAGGUUAUCAACAACCUAUAUACCACCAAGGAGGCGGCUGUAAUACAUGCGGAGGCUAUGGGGGCGGUAGCCAGGCUUCAGCGACGGCUACUGCGACUGCCACAGCGACAGCGAACGCCGGAUCUUACGGAUACGGAAAACGCUAAGAACCGCCAGUUGUUGUUCCAGUGAACUGUGAUUGUGAUGUUAAGACUUUGUGAUAAUUGACCAGAACUUACAAGCCCGUGGACCAAGGAAGACUGGCAAGAACCAAGAUAACAAAAAAAUAAUUAACCAUAAUAUUUACACCAUUUUUUGUUAAAAUAGAUUUUUUGACACAUGCUUUUGCUGACAUUGUAAUAAUUAGUAAUUUUUUUGGAUCUGAACCAAUAUGAUUAUGAGUAUUUGUUUUAAAAUUUUGCUCAACUUACUGCAACAAUCAAUUUUACUUACCAAGUCCUUAUUAGAAUUGCUUAUUUUUGUAAGCAUUUGGAAAUAAGCUUGCGCUUGCAAUACUUAUGUAAGUUUGUUAUAAAUAAAGACUAGAAUUAUUUA